CCCGGGGCACUACCGCAGCAAGAGAACAGCCACACACUAACGCAAGACGCCUGGCGCCGCCAUUGGCCCUUUAAAGGCGGAUCCUCACCUCGCAUGCGCGGGCGGGGUGGGCUGGCCCUGCCCGCGGCGAGCCGGGGCGGGUGGUUCCCGCCGCGGCCAGCCAGCGCAGCUCGGUGGUGGCGCGGGGCUUGUCAGGGGCUUGUUAGCCGUUUGGUAGCCGCCGCGUCGAGGCCCGGCCGUCGCUGGGACGGGCGGGGAGCCUGUGCCUGUCAGCCUUCUGGUCUGUGCGUGGUGCCCUGGCUCGGCGAGAAAAUAAAGACCUGGUGGCGAGGCAGACCUGAACCCCGCGUCUUCAUGCGAGCCCCGCUGUGCUUAGGUGACCAGAAAGGCCAACAGCAUCUUGUUUUGCAUCAGGAAUAGUGGGACCAGCAGUUUUAGUGAUGUGAUUGCCUCCCACUGUCCGGUACUGAUGAGGCCACACCUCGAGCAUUGUGUUCAGUUUUGGUCCCCUCGUUACAACAGGGAUAUUGACGUCCUGGAGUGUGUCCGACGAAGAGCCACUGUGUUGGCAAAGGACCUCGAAGGCGAGUCUUAGGAAUGGCUGUGGGAACUGGAGUUACUCAGUCUUAAGAAAGGAGGCUGAGGAGAAACUUAAUUCUCACUGGCAGACUUCUAUGUUUGGCCUGACUCUUCCCUACUGUGCAGAUUGCUGUCCCGUUCAGCAUUACUUCUUUGUUACCAGAUACCCCAAAUGAAUUUUCUUCUAAAGAUUCAAGAUUUAACUUUUUUGAGCAAGAACUACUGCUUGACUGAACUCUAUCUCAACAAUAAUGAACUGACAGAUAUCUCAGGUGCUCUGAAGCACUUAUGUGUAUUACAGAUUCUGUUGCUUCACAACAACCAGUUAAAAUCACUUGACAGAACAGUGAAGGAACUGAAAGGAAUUAGAAGUUUGCAGACUCUAAACCUGUUCCAUAACCCUCUGGUGCAAGACCCAGGCUACCGGCUUCACGUGAUAUACUUCCUUCCUUCAGUACAGCUCCUCGACAGGAAGUCAGUUACACAAAGAGAAAGAGAGUCAGCAUUUCAUGAGUAUAACUUCGAAAGGUCUCGGAUUGUGCAGUCUAUAGCUUUUGGAAAGAGAAUAAAAACACCCCUGGGGACUACAGUGGGAUAUAGCAAACGCACUCAACCAGCCAGAAAACUGAUGAUGCCCUCAGGUAGUAAAUCUGGAAAUCAGACAAAUAAAGUACCACUUGAGAACCUUGAAGAUGCUGUCUUAGCAAGGGCAAUGAAAAGAUCUCUAAUGGAAUUUUCCACUGUUGACUGGAACUCAGUAGCCACCUGUCAAGAACGACGUCUUGAAAGCAAAGCAGAAGAACCCCAUGAGAGGCUGACUGUCCAAUUUAGAUGAGUGCUUUCUUCCCUAAGAAAAAAAUGAAUCCUCUCUCUUGAGUGGAGAUAAGCCUCUUAACUAGGUUAUUAUCUCUGUAGAACACGUGCAUUAAAACAUGCACCUCAUUAAAUGAACUUCCAGCAAAAUGA